GUCUCGGCUUGAGUCCUAUGUAAGCUCAACUAGGCAAUUUCGACCUAAAUUAACAGCUCGGGUGCAGUUUUCUCAAUCUCGCUCGGCUUCACUGAGGCCGCCUCAGAGCUGUGCUCAUGCCACGAUAGCCAUAAGUAUUGCAUUAGUAGUUAAGUUUGAACGUAACGAUGAACAACGCCACUCCAAGCAGCGCCGAUCGUAGGAACAGUAAUAAUGAUUCAUUGACUGUGAUAACCCCGGACAAGUGGCCCGAGCUUCGGGAUAUCUUCAAACGUGACUGGCCGGAACAUCUGGUAGCCUAUCAUACGAUUGAUAACUUCAUCGAUUGGCACCGGAGGGAUCCUCAGAUCAAGAACCUCACUUUCUACAGCCUCAACGGUGAAUGGCAGAAGGAUGGAACCUAUUUGAUAGUGGAUCGCUAUCAAUUGUUCCUCUACACUCUGGCUACCACAAAUGACGUAUUGGAAAGGGCUCUUAACCUGCUCAAUUGGAAUCAUGGCUUUAAAAUCAGUUGUUUCCUCGAGCGGCACCGAAGUGCAGCGAUUUCCAUUAUUGAAGCCAAAGGCCUCCGCAAAGAGUAUGACAGCUGUACGGUUCUCUAUUACUUACCAUGUAAGCAAGCUCUGGAGUUGAAAAACACUAUCCCGGAUGGAUUUACCCUGAAGGAGUUAGGUCAGGAGGACGCAAUCAAAGCAGAUGCCGUGUGGCCUAACAAACAUCGAGGGUCGUUGUUCUUCCUGCAAAGAUUGGCUGCCUGGAACGUAAACACGGGACUUUACGAUGAAAACGGAGAACUAAUUGCAUGGAGUUUCAGAUUACAGAGUGGUGCACUUGGAGCGCUCCAGGUGGAUGAACGACAUCUGAAGCGAGGUUACGGUACAAUGGUUGCCAUUGAUAUGGCUCAUCGGUUGGCCCAUAUGAAUCAGGAUUGUUUCGCAUUCGUUAACAGCGGCAAUAUUCCUUCAAAGAGGAUGUUUGAGAAGCUGGGAUUCCUUCAAAUCGAUACCGCAUACUGGCUCCGUACCUAUCCUACAGAACCCUUCGAGUGGAGCGAUAGUUGUGAAUAGCUGAUUUAAAAUUUGUUUUCUGAAUGAAA